GCCGCCAUAGGAAAAUUCAUUAAAAAAACGUUUUCUUUCAGUAAUCAACUUCAGCUAAAAAAAAGUCGAAUUAUUCAUUUUUUUUAAAGAAAAAUAUAUAUAUAAAGUGAUGAAGUUUCUUCUUUCUUAUAAAACUUAAAAAAAUAACAAUGAAGUGAUUUUCUGAAUAAUAAAAUAUAACAAUUAUCGUGUGUCGUUAUUUUAUUUAAAAGCCUUGGUCUGACGCACUUUCAUUUCACGCUCAAAGUUUGACGUAUGUGAGUUUGCCAAGAUGGUGGCUAACUGAUAGUGACGAAAAAUCAAGUGGUGAUAACAAAAUCGUCAGUGUUUUCUACAGAUCUUAUUUCUAAAAAUUAAAUUAAUAAUUUUCACAAUUGUGCCAAGGAAUAAAAUAGUACGAAGAAUGCUGCAAAAUCAAGAAGCAAUUAAAUUAUCUGUCGAUCUGUAAAUAGAUUGUGCAGAGACGGACAAAUUUUGCAAAGAUGUCAUGAAUGAAUAAACAAAUUAUCGUGGAUAAUUUUUGUGCGCGCGCGCAUUAUCAUACAAAAGCCAACAAUGUCUAAUAAUUGUGCUGAAGAGGAAGCUGUGUCAUCUGGAUUUCACCAGUUGAGUGUUACAAUUGAGACAGCAAUAUUGAGGAGUUCAUCGUUCUUGAAACCAAAUCCGUACAUCGAAUUUUCAGUGGACGAGAAAAGUCCUCGUAAAACUGAGGUCUCAAAAUCUACAUAUCAACCAAAGUGGAACGAGGAGUUUACAGUGCUCGUUACACCACAUUCGCAAUUGCAUUUUCGUUUACUAGAUCACAGUACAUUCCGUAAAGACACACUUAUCGGUGAAAAAAGAUUAAGUCUUUAUCAAAUUUUAUCUCAUUAUAAUGGAAAACUUGAAAAUCUCGAAUUAACACUCGACUUAAUUGCCGAGAGUAGUAAACAUGAAUCUCAUUUGUCCAAAGUUGGCGAAUUGGUCACUUUGUUCGAUGGAUUCAAAAUUGACAUGCAAAAUGUCACACCACCUGGUGAUAUGAGACAAUAUCAAUGUUCCGUUAUUAAUGGCAGUGUAAAUCCAGCCGUAUCUCAUGGUGCUUCGAACAGUGACGGGACGAAUAAUCGAAGUAUAUUAAAUGGUGGAGUUCGAGCACGAUUGAGACUUCAAGGGACGGAGGAUGCAUCGCCUUCGUUUAAUUUUUCUUCUCAAACGGCAAUUAAUUCAAAUAAUCAAUUAGCCGGUGGUAAUAGUCCCGUGGUUACAAAUGGAACAACGAGUAAUCAUAAUUCAUCGUCAUCAUCAUCGUCGACAACGGGGGCGAAUAAUGUUGUUGUUGUUGUGCCAUCGGCAUCGGCACAAUCACAAACAUCACAAGUUGCUGUUCCGGCAAAUCAAACGACAGCUGUUAAUAGUGGUGAUUCAUCGUCAGUUGGGAAUUUAUCGAAUGAAUUGGAAAAUGGAAAUCAACAACAGGCCGCUGCCUCGACCGAGGAACCAUUGCCAAACGGUUGGGAAAUGCGUUACGACGUUUACGGUAGACGAUACUAUGUGGAUCAUAAUACUCGUAGUACAUCCUGGGAGAGACCACAACCACUGCCACCGGGUUGGGAAGUACGAAGAGAUCCACGAGGACGAAUUUACUAUGUGGAUCAUAAUACAAGAAGUACAACGUGGCAAAGACCAAAUACAGAGAGGCUACAACAUUUUCAACAAUGGCAGGGCGAACGUCAAUUUGUCGUUCAACAGGGAAAUCAAAGGUUUCUUUAUCCCCAGGCGAAUCAUCAUCAUCAUCAUCAUGGUGCUCCAAUUGCCGUCGCUGGACCCUCAACAACGCCAUUGGCUGCUGUUGAUUCAGAAGACGAUGCAUUGGGACCAUUACCAGCCGGUUGGGAACGAAGAAAACAACCCGAGGGUCGUGUUUAUUAUGUUAAUCAUAAAAAUCGAACAACACAGUGGGAAGAUCCACGAACACAAGGACAAGAAACGGGAAUGGACGAACCACAAUUGCCAGAUGGAUGGGAAAUUCGUUUAACGGAAGAUGGUGUACGUUAUUUUGUCGAUCACAAUUCAAGAACAACUACAUUCCAAGAUCCUAGACCCGGCGCUCCAAAGGGACCAAAGGGAGCCUAUCGUGUGCCAAGGGCUUACGAGAGAUCGUUCCGUUGGAAACUGUCGCAAUUUCGUUUCUUGUGUCAAACAAAUGCUUUGCCGAAUCAUAUAAAAAUAAGUGUCAGUCGACAAACACUCUUUGAGGAUUCAUAUCAUCAAAUAAUGAACGCCGAAGCGUUUGCCUUGAGACGUAGAUUGUACAUAAUUUUUAAAGGUGAAGAGGGUCUCGACUAUGGUGGUGUUUCUAGAGAAUGGUUCUUCCUUUUGAGUCACGAGGUGCUUAAUCCAAUGUAUUGCCUUUUUGAAUACGCCAACAAAAGUAAUUACAGUUUACAAAUUAAUCCAGCCUCAUACGUGAAUCCUGAUCAUCUUCAGUAUUUUAAAUUUAUCGGCAGAUUCAUUGCAAUGGCUCUUUAUCACGGUCGCUUCAUCUACAGUGGAUUUACAAUGCCAUUUUACAAGCGAAUGUUGAAUAAAAAAUUAAUAAUGAAAGACAUUGAAUCAAUUGAUCCGGAAUUUUAUAAGUCACUCGUUUGGAUAAAAGAAAAUAAUAUUGAUGAAUGCGGACUCGAAUUGUAUUAUAGUGUCGAUUUUGAAAUUUUAGGCCAAGUUAUACAUCAUGAAUUAAAAGAGAAUGGUGAUAAAAUUCGUGUUGUCGAAGAGAAUAAAGAGGAAUAUAUACGUUUAAUGACUGAAUGGCGAAUGACACGUGGAAUUGAAGAGCAAACAAAAGCAUUUUUAGAAGGUUUCAAUUCUGUCGUUCCACUCGAGUGGCUUAAAUAUUUUGAUGAACGUGAACUUGAACUUAUGCUUUGUGGAAUGCAGGAAAUUGACGUUGAAGACUGGCAAAGAAAUACAAUUUACAGGCAUUACACGAGAAAUAGUAAACAAGUUCUUUGGUUUUGGCAGUUUGUUCGAUCAACUGACAGUGAAAAACGAGCGAGACUUUUACAGUUUGUCACCGGUACUUGUCGAGUUCCAGUUGGAGGUUUUGCUGAAUUAAUGGGAAGCAAUGGACCACAAAGAUUUUGUAUCGAGAAAGUUGGCAAAGAUACUUGGCUACCAAGGUCACACACAUGUUUCAAUCGAUUGGAUCUGCCGCCAUACAAAAGUUACGAUCAAAUGGUAGAGAAACUGAAUUAUGCUAUCGAAGAAACGGAAGGUUUCGGACAAGAGUGAUUUUCCCCUAGACAUAAUGUACUGAUUAUUCAAAAGCCAAACCCCCUAAAAUUGUAUAAAACUAGAAAUCACCUGACUGUCGUUAAUUAUGACCGUAUACAAAUGCUAGGAUAAUUGUUCUAACGUUUUGUAGUGAAAGUUUCAUAGAAAUGAAAGAGGAUUUUUAUGAAAAAACAAAUCAUUCAAAUUCACUGGCAGUCAAAUUUUUUGUCAAAUUGAAACAACUUUUUCGUUUGUCACUUUUUUUUCUUGUAGAAAAUUUUAAUCUGAGUGCAUAUUUUAUUACAAAUGAAAUUGCACAUUUCUCUUUCAUUAAAAAUGAGAGUUAAAAUAUAAAUUCUUUUUACAUUAUUGUAAAAUUAGAUUUUAUUUAUUUUAUUUCAAGUUCAAUUUGGAUACAAAAUUACAAUAAACUUAAAUGUAAAAUUUUACUUUUGAAAAAUUGAAAUUCAAUUUUACUUACCUUUUGCAGUAAAUGAUUUGAUUGCGCAUAAAAAUCCAUUUGGAUUUCUGUAAGAAAGAAAGAGAGAGAAAAAGAGAAUGUAAAAGGAAUGAGAAGAAUUCCUUUUUUUUAACCAAUUUUUGAUUUUUCUCGAACUUUUUUCUUCUUUAUUUUUAGCGUGUGUUAGAAAAAUAAAAAUUUCAAUUUAAUUGAAAUUGCAGGACAUACGAAUUUUUAGCUAUUCAAACAUUUCACUUAUAUUCUUUGACGAUAAAAAAAAAAGUCCCUGGAAUGAGAAAAUGUUUUUCUUCCCAAUAAGUAAUUGUAUAUAAUAAAAAGUACGUAAUUAAAAUUUUAUUUAUCACAGGGACAAUAAAUAUUGUGUAUACUGUCUGGAACAGAAUUCGUAGAGGAAAAAAGGGAAAAUUUUCUCUUUUUUUUAUUUUAAAAAAACAAAUUUUAAGAUUCUUCAAAAUCUAUUUUUUUAAUACUCUUUUUUCUCUUAAAUUCCUAAAAUUUCUUUCCUUGAAAUUUGCUUUCUCAAAGAUUCAUAAUUAAUAAAAUUUUUUUCCGAAGAAUCUUAAAAUUGAAAUUGUUUUUUUUUCCUGAUAAUUUAUCGUAUAUGAAAAUUUCUCAUAAAUCACUGAUUUCCAUCUUGUACAGCACUAAUAAAUUGUACAAAAAAAAUAAUAAGAAAAUAAUUUAUAAAAUAAAAAUCGAAUUAUUUAGAUUUUAUCGGAAAUUGUUUCAUUAAUUUUAUUUCGAUAUUUUUGUGAAAUUAAUUUGAAAAUUCUUGCCAAUUUGCUUUUAUUAAAAAAUUUCAUUAUAAUUGGGAAUUGAAAGAGAGAGAGAGCGAGAGAGAAAUAUUACAUUAGAAUGUCUUCUUUGGAUUUUAAUUUUAAUUUCAUUACGACGAAAUGAAAAUUUUUUUUCGAAAUAUUGAGAAAAAUGUUCAAAAUUUUUAGAAAAUUAUUUAUUUAAUUAUGAAAAGUUAUUUAUUUGAAUGAAACGAUUUUAUGUACGAAUUUUUAUAAAAUUUUAAUUAAUUUUCCCUUUCUUAUAUGUUUUACUGUUCUAAGUAAAUAAAUAGUAAAUUUGUCUUCUUCGAAUUUUUAUCAAUUGCAAUUUAAAAAAAAAAAAAUUUUUUAAAUGAAAAAUUUUCUUUAGAGAAAAUUAAAUUUUGAACAUUUCUCUCCAUAAUUCGGAAAAAUUUUUUAAACAUAUUUUUUAUAAAUAUAUAUUGUAAACAAAUUAAAAGAAAUGUAUUGUUUCCCAUUCUUAUAUAUACAUCUUUGUUUGUAAAUAACUUGUAUUAUAGAUAUAGAUAUGAAACUUGUGCACCGAUAUACAUUUAUUAUACACAUUGCUCCUACAAUUUUAUGAAA